AUGUAAAGAUAUCAAUCUGAGGAUAGUGAAGUAAGAUUAAAGUCUCUUUAAUUACCAUAAAUAAAGUAGGGACAUACAGUGAUAGGGGCAUCAGAACUUGAAUAAAUUAGAUCUCAUAUUAGUAUAACAGAAUAAAGAUCUAAGAAAGUAUAACUUAAUAAUAUUAAGUUAGAGUAUUGAUAAUAAUCAAAGAGUUUGGGCAUAGAGAAUAGAGAAAUAAAGAUCAUAAAAGGAGAGAGAGAAGUUUGAUAAAUUUUAGAUAGAAGAGGAAGAGAGAAGAAAGAUGGAUAAAGUAGAAUCAGAAUAUUAGGAUAAAUUAAAGUAGGAUUAAGUUGUUGAUGCAAAUAACAAGAUAUUUAGUCAAAGGGGAGAGUAAUUCAAAAAACGAUUUUUAGUGUACGCAAUAUGAAGUCAAAAAUGCUGAUGUGUGAGAAUGAGAAAAUAAAUGAAGCUCUUGUUCGUUUUAAUAAGGAGAGACAAGAGAUGUAGAUGACACUUGAAUUAGAAAAAAUAAAAGAUGAUGAGUUAAAAAGAUAAACAGAAGAGAUUGCAGAAUUAGAGAAGACUUAAUAGAAAGAAUAAUUAAAAAAAGAAACUUAUACUGUUUUAGCUAAACAACAUCAUGAAAUGAAAGAGAAAUAAUUAAAAGAAUAUACAAAAUUAUAAUAAGAAGGAUAAUUAAUUAAGAGAUAAGCAGAAGAAGAGGAAUAAGAGAAAGAGUAUUAAUAAGUAUAUUUUAAGAAAGAAGAAAGAAGAUGAAAAAAUGAAGAAAUAAAAAUUAUUAUAAGAACGACAGAAAUUUAUGGAUGUCAAAUAAUCAAUUUAAGAUGAAGAAUUAAAGUAAUUAGAGAAAGAAGCCAAAGAUAGAGAUCAUUUUGAUACUAAAAAAGAGAGAGUAUUAGAAAUGAGAAAAUAAAGAGUAAUUUUAAUCUAAUUAAAUAGGAAGCUUAAAAAUUAGAAAGAUAAAUGCAACUUAAAUAGAAGAUAUAUGAUAUAAGAGUUAUUUAAUUGAAAGAAUAGGAAGAUAAUUAUAUGCAAAGAGUAUAAAAACAUGCUGAAGAAUUAUAAAGACAUGAAGAAGAAGUAGCAAAAUAAAAAGAGUAGGAAAUAAUAUAAAUGAUAAAAGAAGGAGAAACUUUUAGACAAAGAUAAUUAAAACUUAAAGAAAUAGUGAAGGAGAAAGAAGAUGUUGAUGCUAAAAAAGAAUAGGUUUUAAAAAUUAAUGCAUUGCAAUAAUUAUCUAUAACUGAAGAAUAAUAAAAAGACAUUCUUAGAAAACGUAAUAAGGAAUUAUUAGAUUACUAGAAAAUUUAAAUUGUAUUACAAUAUUUUAAAUUAGGAAUAAAAAAAAUAAGCUAGAAGAGAUUAAUACAUGAGUGAACUUAAAGAAUCCAAAUAAAUGGAGUUAAGAAAUUAAUAAGAUAGAGAAAUCUUUUUGAACUGGGCCAAAUAACAAGUUGAAGAUACAAGAGAUCAAGGUCUAAAUUUAUAUCCUUUAAUGAAAACAUUAAAAUUAUGA